AUGUCAUUAGAAGAUCCAAUAAAGAGAAGUCGAGAAAUAGAUACUCAAGUUGUACCUGCAAGGAAAAGGAGUAAGAAAAUGACGCUAGACGACGCAUCAACUGCGAUGACCACCACCACCACCAAUGCAACCACUACCACCACUGCCUCAAAUGACGAUGAGUUUACGGAAAAGAUGUACUCAGCUUACGUUCAAUCUGCAUUUGCUUCCUUGGAAAAGGAUGACACCUUGCAAAUCGACACAUUGACUGAUAAGAUCAGCGCUUCGAAACCUAGCCCAGAGGCUAUCACAUUACCCCAUUUCAGCAUAAUAUUAAAAGGAUUAAUCAACAAUACAUCGAAACUAGAUGGCCGUGCAUGCAAUAAUUUGAUUUUUGCCAUUCUUCGGUAUAAAUGGUUGGCCAUAACUGAUAAUAAUGAUGUCGAUCAAGAGGUAUACACCACCUUUAUAGAUUUAUAUGCGCAUUUCCUAACCGUAUUGGUUAGUACACUGCCUAAAUUUUUGACUGAAGUAUUGAAUAAACUUGUUCGUGAAUUUGAACUGUUUGAUGUGGAUAGAGACUUCACGCGUCAUCAUGAAAUUUUACAAAAGAUAUUGCGGUAUAUUCCCACUAGUAUAAAUAUGAUACCACAAGUGUUGCAAAGCAAUUUCCCGCAUCACAUUUCGUCAUCUACCGGAGAGGUUAUAAACUAUGUUGGUAACUUGAUGCAGAUAUUGACUUACUGUCCUGAGUUGCAGUUUAGUAUAUGGCAGCUAAUCAUUGAAUGCUGCAUUAAGCUUGAUGUUGAAUUGCAAAACGAAUUGGAUGAUUUGGAUGACGAUGAGAUUGAGGAGUUAAUUAAUGGAAAAGAUGAUGAUGAAGAGCUACUAGAGGUGGAUGAAGAAGAAAAUGUGGGAGUUGAGAGUGAGGCUGGAGGUCGUGUUGGAGCUGGAGGUGACUCUGAAGAUGAGGAUGAAGAGUUGGGCGAAGUAGAGUGGGUGGAAUCAGCAAACUCAACCAGAAACAUCAAAGCUCUUGCAUCAAAAUUGGACAACAUCAUGCAUUUACUAUUCACAAAAACUGCAAACUCAUUCACAACUGAGGAACUAAAUAACGGUAAUGGAGUCACCUUAUUCAAUACAAUAAACUCAUUAUUCAAAAGUCACAUCUUGCCUACUCAUUUCACAAAACUGAUUCAAUUCAUUUUGUUCCGCAUAACUCAAUAUCAACAAGAACUUGCCGACUCCUUCUUGGUUUUACUCAUUGAUGUCGCAUUCAAUCCUAAUGAAAUUGUUGAAAAGAGACUUAAAGCCAUGCAAUAUUUAUCGUCCUAUAUUGCUCGUGCUAAAAACUUGUCGCGUCAUCAGGUUGUUUUCAUUGUGAGCUACCUCAUGGGUUGGCUCAACAAGUACAUCAUCGAAAGGGAACAAGAGACAUUUGAUGUUGAAUCUAAGCACAAAUCGCAACAAACUGGGGGUAUGGAACGGUUUAAGCUUUUUUAUUCCGCAUUUCAGGCGUUAUUAUAUAUAUUUUGUUUCAGACAUGAACAAUUACGCAAAGACACCUCAUCGACAACGUCAACUACAUCCUCCUCCUCCUCCUCGUCAGAAUGGGAGUGCGAUAUCGACAAGUUUUUCCAACGUGUAAUCAUCGUCAAAUUCAACCCAUUAAAAUUCUGCGACGAAACGGUAGUCUACAUCUUUGCCAAAUUAGCCACUAAAUUGAAUGUAUGCUAUUGUUACUCAAUCAUUGAACACAACAAGAGGGAAAGAAUGUUGCAAACUAAUGGGUCUAUAGUCUUGCCUUCAGCCGUGGGCAAUUUCAAACAAAAACAAGAGUUUUUGGACUUGGAAGCUUAUUUCCCCUUUGAUCCUUUGGUUUUACCCAUGUGUAAAAAAUUAGUGGAUCAGAAUUAUGUCGAAUGGUCCGAAGUCAAUCCCGAGGAAGAUGACGAUGAAGAUAGUGCUUCUGGAAGUCAUAUGGAUGAUGAUGAUGAAGAGGAAGAUGAGGAAGACGAUGAUGAUAGUAGUGACGACGAUGAUAUUAGUGACGAUGAUGACAACGACAGUGAUGACAUGGAUAGUGACGACGACUAA